UUGAUCUAAUUAUGAAAAGCAUCAACACUAAAGAUGGAUAUCCUGCUCGAUACAGACUGCAAAGAAGCACAGACAAUCUAGCCCAGUCUGAACUAUUCAGAAAAGUCACCUUUGGCGAGAGAGACAAAAACAAACCCCAUAAAACUAUUCUGAUAGUUGGAGAAACAGGAACAGGAAAAACAACCCUGAUCAAUGUGAUGGUCAACUACAUGCUGGGUGUAAAGAGAGAAGACAAGGUCUGGUUUGAGAUCACAGAUGAUCAAAGCGAUUGGGAUCAAGCUCACAGUCAGACCUCCAUCAUCACUUUUUAUGGGGUUUAUCUACAGGAGAGUCCAAUGGAUUUAACAAUCAUCGACACACCAGGAUAUGGAGACACUCGUGGAGCUGAGCUUGAUAAACAGAUCGCUGUGAGUUUGCUUAGUCUGAGUAAAUCUGAAGAUGGAAUCCAUGAAAUUAAUGUAGUGUGUCUGGUGAUUAAUGCAACCCAAAGUAGACCUACUGACAGACAAAUGUACAUUCAUGAUGCUGUUCAGUCUUUAUUUGGAAGAGAUAUUGCUGAAAACAUUGUCCUGCUCCUCACACACUCAGAUGGAUUUCCUCCUAGAAAUGCUCUGAUGGCUGUUAAAGAUGCUCAAAUCAAGUGUGCAGUGAAUGAACAGAAGAAGCAGCCUGUGUUUUUCCUAUUUAACAACUGUCAGUCAGAAGCUUAUGAUGAAGAAUAUGAGAAAAUACAGGAAGAAUCAUGGAAUGUCAGUUUCAGAGGGAUGACGGGAUUGUUUGAGUUUCUUAAAACCAUAAGUCCAAAAUCCCUGAAGAUGACUCAAGAUGUUCUACAACAACAGGUGCAGCUAGAAGCAAUAGUCUCCAAUUUAAAGUCACGAGUUAAAGUGAUGGGACUUAAGCAAAGUGAGCUGAAACAAACACAAGAGGCUCUGGAGAAAAUCAAGUGUUAUGUUCAGAGCAGUAAUAACUUUGAGUAUGAAGUUGAAGUGUCCUAUAAAGUAAAGGUUGAUAUUGAUCAAUCUUUAGCUAAAAUGGCCACAUGCUGCACUGUCUGUGAGGAGAACUGUCAUUAUCCUGGGUGCUGGUGGGUCAGUAACCUCUCAUGGUGUAGUGUGAUGAGCAAUAAUCACUGUACAGUGUGCACUAAGAAAUGCCACUACAGCAAACAUGUCAAAGGAGACAAAAUAUAUGUGACAAAGACAAAACUGGAGAAGAGGAAGUAUGAAGAUUUAAUGAAGAAAUAUGAUCAGGAAAUUGGGGGAAUUGUAUCAUUGAUGAAGAAGCUGGAAGAAGAACUGCAAGAAUUAGAUAAAGAGAAAGGAAAGCUUGUGAUGGAGGCUUUUCACUGUGUAGACUCUCUGCAGAUGAUCGCUCUCAACACUGAUCCAGCAUUCAUGCUUCAACAUGUGGAUUUUCUGAUUGAGAAGCUGAAGGAAAUAAAGGAGCAGGAAAAGGUCAAAACACUGGAAGACAUCAAGAAGAGAGCAGGAGAAAGAACACAUGGAGCUCUGAGAUACUUUAGUUUUCGUGUGCCCACAAGCAAAUGGAAUAAUUUUUUAGGAAAAAACUUUUUUUGAAGCACAUUUUGUGAAAAUGGUUUGAAAAUUUACAAAAACUAGACAAUAAACUCCGGGCAAGUUGAC